CAGGUCUCGGGCCCUCAGGCGGAGCGGCAGGCACCGGACCCCCAGGCGGAGCUACAGGCCUCGGGCCCUCAGGCGGAGCGGGCGGGCGCCGGACCCCCAGGGUGGAGCGACAGGUCUCGGGCCCUCAGGCGGAGCGGCGGGCGCCGGACCCCCAGGUGGAGCGAGCACAGGUCUCGGGCCCUCAGGCGGAGCGGCGGGCGCCGGACCCCCAGGCGGAGCGGCGGGCGCCGGACCCCCAGGUGGAGCGACAGGUCUCGGGCCCUCAGGCGGAGCGGCGGGCGCGCGGACCCCCAGGCGGUGCGACAGGUCUCGGGCCCUCAGGCGGAGCGACAGGGUCUCGGGCCCCCAGGCGGGGCGGCGGGCGCGCGGACCCCCAGGUGGAGCGGCGGGCGCUGGACCCCCAGGCGGAGCGACAGGUCUCGGGCCCCCAGGCGGAGCAGCGGGCACACGGUCACCAGGCACGAC